AUGAAGCUGACCGCUGCUGCCCUUCUCCCGGGCUGGCUAUGGACUGUGUCUGUCUCUGCCGCCCCGGCGUCUUGUCCAGCGCCACAUCUCGAUGCCCGCCGUGGCGCCGUGUCCUCCGAGAGCGCCAUUUGCAGCGAAAUCGGCACCCGGCUGAUCAAGGAUGGCGGUAAUGCUGUCGAUGCCCUCGUGGGCACCGUGUUCUGCGUGGGAACCAUAGGCAUGUAUCACAGUGGGAUUGGUGGAGGCGGCUUCCUGCUGCUGAGGGACAAGGACGGCAAGUACGAGUUUGUCGACUUUCGCGAGACGGCGCCAGCGGCUGCGUUUGAGGACAUGUACAAGAACAACACGGACGCCAGUCUCUAUGGCGGCUUAGCAAGUGGCGUUCCUGGCGAGCUUCGUGGUCUUGAAUAUCUGCACACAAAGUAUGGUGCGCUGGACUGGGCCAAGGUCAUGGCACCGGCCAUCAAAGUGGCGAGAUUUGGCUUCCCAGUCACCGAGGAUCUCGUCAAGUACAUCAACCAGACCUCCCAGAACAGCUUUCUCGUGGAUGACCCCAGCUGGGCCAUUGAUUUUGCGCCCAAGGGCAGGCUUCUUCAGCUCGGCGAGACAAUGACUCGGAAGCGCUACGCCGACACGCUCGAGACGAUUGCCAACCAAGGCGCGGAUGUAUUUUACACCGGCGCCAUCGCCAAUGCAACAAUCGCGGCUCUUCAAGCCCGCAAUGGCACAAUGACGAUUCAGGAUCUCAAGGAUUACACAGUCGCGCAUCGUGAGCCCCUGCACAUCACGUAUCGCGGGCACAGGCUGACGAGCACGAAUGCGCCGUCCGGCGGUCCUGUUGCCUUGAGCACCCUCAACACCUUGAGCGGCUACGACAACUUCUUCCAGCCCGAAACGGUCAACAUCUCGACGCACCGUCUUGACGAGGCUAUUCGUUUCGCGUACGGCCAGCGUACCAAGAUGGGCGAUCCGUCUUUCGUCGACGGCCUGUCCGAGUACACGGCCGCCAUGGUGGCGCCCGCGACCGGCGCCGAGAUUCGCUCCAAGAUCUCUGACACCAAGACCGAGGCAGUCGCGUACUAUAAUCCCGAGGGUAUCGAAUCUCUCAACACUCCUGGAACAUCGCACAUUGUCGCGGCUGAUGCGAGCGGCAUGGCGGUGUCGGUGACCACGACUAUCAACACGCUCUUUGGCUCACGGGUCAUGGUACCGGAGACUGGCGUUAUCAUGAACAACGAGAUGAAUGACUUUAGCAUACCAGGCGCGAACAACGCCUUUGGAUACAGGCCGAGUCCUCAGAACUACGUGCGGCCGGGCAAGAGGCCACUGUCGUCCAUCUCCCCUGUCAUUGCCGAAACGCCCGAGGGCAAGCUGUACUUUGCUUGCGGCUCCGCCGGUGGCAGUCGUAUUACGACGGCCACUAUCCAGCUUGUCGUGCACAUGCUUGACCAGGGAAUGGGCCCUUUCGAGUCGUUGAGGCAGCCGCGCCUCCACGACCAGCUGCAGCCGGAUCAGGUGUCAUUCGAGUACGCAUAUGACAACUCGACGACGGCUUUUAUGAAGACUCUUGGUCACAAUGUUACUUGGGUUGCGCCGGGGCAGAGCACGGCGCAAGCCCUCAAGUUACUUGCCAACGGAACGUUUGAGGCUGGAGGGGAGCCGAGGCAGAGGAACUCUGGCGGUUUCGCGGUAUGA